UCGGUAUCAUUACACCGGUUCGAACUGUCAAUAAACUUAUCACCGAAAACAAUUGACUACUACGUUAUUAUUUGGAUAAACUUUACAUUUGAUGCAGGCAAUAGGAACUAUUUUGUGAUUCAGAUUAAUGCUGUAGAAGUUGUCAAAUAACCAAACACAUACAAUCUUCCACGUCAGCACUUGAUGCAAUAUUCGGAUACCAUGUAUUCGGACACCGUGCACUAUAAGACUGGAUUCAUUUUGGGUUAAUUAAGUUUAUAAAGUACUGAAGAUGACCUACUGUUAUAACCAUAUGUAUUGCGUCCAGUAGUUUAUUACUAUUCUAGAUGCCACGAGUUGGAUCGAAACUUGAGCAAUGAUUAUCUUUACAACAUUGAGGCCUAUAGUUAGAAUCAGAAUGUGCGUCAUGUGCGUCCAAAAACUAGUCAAAUUACACAAAAACCCGUCCAACCAGUGACCACUAGAAUGUUAAUGACCCAAAUAUUAGACAUGAUUAUAAUGUUUCUUGUGAAGAUAUCAAGGCCAUGUCAAAAACAUUGUCAUGGUAAAUAAAAAAAACUAAGUCAUUAGGUCAAGUCUUUGGACUUUGACAAUUUGUGUGACUCAGGUGAGCGCUUCAGGGCAAUCAUAUCCCUCUUGUUGAUAUAGUAGUGUUUGAAAAAGUAGUAUUAUUGAAUCAAGAUGAAGUCCAACGCAAUGCCAAAGAAAAGUGAACCAGAAGACUUGACCCAUGUUGUGGACAUGGCACUGCAGAAGGCCAAACUCAUCCGGGCAAUAGACACCAUCAUCCUGAAGGAUAGUGGUCUGGCAGAUGAGAAGAAAGGACUGAUGAAGCCUCGGGCCCUUCUAUUCCUUUCAAUGUGGUACUUUUUCAGCUUCUGUACACUGUUCCUGAACAAGUACAUCCUGACCACGAUUAGGGGAGAUCCUAUUCUGCUGGGUGCAGUGCAGAUGGUAAUGACAACUAGUCUGGGCUUCCUACAAAUGUAUUUGCCCCUUGGUAUCUAUAGUAACAUCAAACAGAAUGGGAAACCACCAGAUUUCUGGAGGAACAUGGUCAUUGUUGGAACCAUGAGGUUUUCAACUGUGGUAUUGGGACUUGUGGCACUGAAGUUUACAGCAGUAUCAUUCAUAGAGACAGUGAAAAGUUCUGCACCAAUAUUCACUGUAUUGAUAUCUUAUAAGUUGCUUGGGGAGUAUUCUGGUGUAUUAACUGUGCUUAGUCUGAUCCCUAUCACGUUCGGACUGGGUCUCUGCUCAACAUAUGAAUUAAGUUUCAAUGUUCAAGGAUUUGCAGCAUCACUGGUGACAAAUAUAACAGAGUGUUUACAGAACGUUUAUUCCAAAAUGCUCUUGAGUGGUGAGAAAUACAGAUACACUCCAGCAGAGCUACAGUUUUUUACAAGCAUUUCAUCUGUGAUAGUACAAAUCCCGGCCAGUGUUUUCAUGAUAGAUUUCCUGAAUGUCAAAAACACAAUGGAUGUUACAAUGUUGACAAUGUUCGUCUUUAAUGGCGUGUCUUUCCACUUCCAAAGUCUCUCAGCGUAUGUUCUGAUGGGCUACAUAUCUCCUGUAACACAUAGUGUUGCUAACACAGUGAAGAGAGCUUUCCUCAUCUGGUUAUCCAUCAUAGUGUUUGGUAACCCUGUGACUUUCCUCAGUGGACUGGGAACAAUCGUCGUCACUGUUGGAGUGCUGUGCUACACAAAAGCAAGACAGAUUGAUGCUGCUAAACAGGCUUUAAAAUAUGCUCAUGACGAAGAGAUCCGUGUUUCUGAAUAUAAAUAGUAAAGACAGAGUUUAAGUUGAACAUUUUUUAGUAAAAUCUUGAUGUUUUCAUCUUUGCUGUAUAAAUAUUCUUUAAAUUGAUGUGCCAUACAUUUUAUUUAUAAGCUCAGUAUUCUAUGGUAUAUAAUUUAUUUAUUAGGUCAGCAUUCUGUGGUAUAAAAUUUAUUUAUUAGGUCAAUAUUCUGUGGUAUGCAAUUUAUGUAUAAGGUCAGUAUUCUUUGGUAUACAAUUCAUUUAUUAGGUCAGUACUCUGUGGUAUAAAAUUCAUCUUUUAUUUCAGUAUUCUGCGCUAUGCAUCCCACGCAUUUGGUUCAAGACUUGAAAAAAAUGUAUGCUGAUACAUGUACAUUAAGCUUUCAUAACUUAAUUGUGUUUUUAGCUCACCUGAGCACAACGUGCUCAUGGUGAGCUUUUGUGAUCGCCUUUUGUCUGUCGUGCGUCGUGCGCCGUCAACAUUUGCCUUGUUAACUCUCUAGAAGCCACAUUUAUUGUCCAAUCUUCAUGAAAUUUGGUCAGAAGAUUGGUCCAAAUGAUAUCUUGGACGAGUUCGAAAAUGAUGCUGGUUGGUUGAAGAACAUGGCCGCCAGGGCGCGGGGCAUUUUUCCUGAUAUGGCUUUAGUAAAACCUUGUUAACACUCUAGAGGCCACAUUUAUUUUCCGAUCUUCAUGAAACUUGCUCAGACAAUUUGGCCCAAUGAUAUCUUGGAUGAGUUCAAAAAUGGUAACCUUUGCUUGCAAAAACAUGGCUGCCUAGGGGCGGGGCAUUUUUAGCUCAUCUAUUUUUUGAAAAAAAAUUAUGAGCUAUUGUCAUCACCUUUGCGUCGGCGUCGGUAUCCGGUUAAGUUUUGCGUUUAGGUCCACUUUUCUCAUAAAGUAUCAAUGUUAUUGCAUUCAAACUUGGUACACUUACAUACUAUCAUGAGGGGACUGGGCAGGCAAAGUUAGAUAACUCUGGCUUGCAUUUUGACAGAAUUAUGUGCCCUUUUUAUACUUAGAAAAUUGAAAAUUUUGGUUAAGUUUUGUGUUUAGGUCCACUUUUUUCCUAAAGUAUCAAAGCUAUUGCUUUCAUACUUGCAACAAUUACUAACUAUCGUAAGUGGACUGUGCAGACAAAGUUAUGUAACUCUGACUGGCAUUUUGACGGAAUUAUGGCCCUUUAUACUUGAAAAUUUUGUUAAGUUUUGUGUUUUGGUCCACUUUACCCCUAAAGUAUCAUAGAUAUUGCUUUCAUACUUGGAACACUCACAAACAAUCAUAAGGGGACAGUAAAGGACAAGUUGCAUAACUCUGGUUGUCAUUUUUACGGAAUUAUGGCCCUUUUUUGACUUAGUAACUUUGAAUAUAUGGUUACAUUUUGUGUUUAGAUCCACUUUACUUCUAAAGUAUCAAGGCUAUUGCUUUUGAACUUCAAAUACUUUCAUGCUAUCAUGAGGGUACUGUACCUGGCAAGUUGAAUUUUACCUUGACCUUUGAAUGACCUUGACUCAAGGUCAAAUUAUUAAAUUUUUAAUUUAUUUAUGAUUAUCUUUGAUUGAUACUUUGACAAAACAACUCUUACCUGACAUACCACAAUAGACUCCACCCAAACCAUCCCCCCCCCGAAUCCCUCCCCCCGAAUCCCUCCUAACUUCCCCCCCAUCAUUUUUUUUAAAUUAAAGAUCAUCUAAUAAAUGACCACCACACCCAAACACUAUACCCCCCCCCCAAAAAAAUAAUUUUUAUGAUCCCGGUAGGGUGGCAUAUAGCAGUUAAACUGUCCGUAAGUAUGUCAGUAAGUCUGUCCUGUCCGUCCGUCCGAAAAAACUUUAACAUUGGCCAUAACUUUUUCACUUUUGAAGAUAGCAACUUAAUAUUUGGCAUGCAUGUGUAUCUCAUGGAGCUGAACAUUUUGAGUGGUGAAAGGUGAAGGUCAAGGUCAUCCUUCAAGGUCAAAUGUCAAAUAUAUGGCGUCUGUCCGUCCGAAAACUAUAACAUUGGCCAUAACUUUUUUAAUAUUGAAGAUAGCAACUUGAUAUUUGGCAUGCAUGUGUAUCUCAUGAAGCUGCACAUUUUGAGUGGUUGAUGUUCAAGGUCAACAAAAAAAAAAAUCAAAGCGGCUUUCUCAUGAAGCUGCACAUUUUGAGUGGUGAAAGUUCAAGGUCAAGGUCAUCCUUCAAGGUCAAGGUCAUCCUUCAAGGUCAAAGGUCAAAAUAAAAUAAAAUCAAAGCGGCGUUCUCAUGAAGCUGCACAUUUUGAGUGGUGGAAGUUCAAGGUCAAGGUCAUUCUUCAAGUUCAAGGUAUUCCAUCAAGGUCAAAGGUAAAAAAAUAAAUAAUUCAAAGCGGCGUUAUCAUGAAGCGACACAUUUUGAGUGGUGGAAGUUUAAGGUCAAGGUCAUCCUUCAAAGUCAAGGUCAUCCUUCAAGGUCAAAGGUAAAAAAAAUAAAUAUAAAAAUUCAAAGCGGCGUUAUCAUGAAGCUGCACAUUUUUAGUGUUGGAAGUUCAAGGUCAAGGUCAUCCUUCAAGGUAAAAAAAAAUUCAAAAAAAUCAAAGCAGCGUUCUCAUGAAACUGCACAUUUUGAGUGCUGGAAGUUCAAGGUCAAGGUCAUCUUUCAAGGUCAAGGUCAUCCUUCAAGGUCAAAGGUAAAAAAAAAUAAAAAAAAUCUCAAUGCGGCGUUCUCAUGAAGCUGCACAUUUUGAGUGGUGGAAGUUCAAGGUCAAGGUCAUUCUUCAAGGUCAAGGUCAUCCAUCAAGGUCAAAGGUAAAAAAUAAAUAAUUUCAAAGCGGCGUUAUCAUGAAGCUGCACAUUUUGAGUGGUGGAAGUUCAAGGUCAAGGUCAUCCUUCAAGGUCAAGGUCAUCCUUCAAGGUCAAAGGUCAAAAAAAUAUUUCAAAGCGGCAUUCUCAUAAAGCUGCACAUUUUGAGUGGUGGAAGUUCAAGGUCAAGGUCAUCCUUCAAGGUCAAGGUCAUCCUUCAAGGUCAAAGGUAAAAAAAAAACAUUUUUUUUUUCAAAGCGCAUUUGGGGGCAUUGUGUUUCUGACAAACACAUCUCUUGUUUUUUUCAAACAUGGUUAAAAAACACAAAUAUUUAUAUUUAUUAUUUUAUUUUUGAAAUACCGUCCAAACAUCCCACCCAAGAAUCCCCCCUUCCAAAUGUUUUUUUUUUUUGUGCAUUUUUUUUUGCAUUUUUGGAAGAUAAUGUAAUAAAUGACCACACCCCCAAACUAUACACCCCUCUCCACUCCACCCCUCCCUCUUUUGUAAUUGAAAUUAAGAUAGGUCCCUACACCUUUAAAAAUAAAAAUAGAUGAGCGGUCUGCACCCGCAAGGCGGUGCUCUUGUUCCUUAUAUGGCUAUAGUAAAAUCUUGUUAACACUCUAGAGGCCGCAUUUAUUGUCCAAUCUUCAUGAAACUUGGUAAGAAGAUUCAUCCCAAUAAUGUCUUGGACAAGUUUGAUAAUGAUGCCAGUUGGUUGAAAAACAUGGCCACCAGGGGGCGGGCCAUUUUUCCUUAUAUGGCUUUAGUAAAACCUUGUUAACACUCUAGAGGCCACAUUUAUUUUCCGAUCUUCAUGAAACUUGGUCAGAAGAUUUGUCCCAAUGAUAUCUUGGAUGAGUUUGAAAAUGGUAACCUUUGCUUAAAAAACAUUGCUGCCAAGGGGCGGGGCAUUUUUCCUUAUAUGGCUAUAUUUGGAUAUAGUAAAAUCUUGUUAACACUCUAGAGGCCACAUUUAUUUUCCAAUCUUCAUGAAACUUGGUCAGAAGAUUCAUCCGCAUAAUAUCUUGGACGAGUUCGAAAAUGAUGCCGGUUGGUUGAAAAACAUGGCCCCCAGGGGGCGGGGCAUUUUUACUUAUAUGGCUAUCGUAAAACCUUGUUUACACUCUAGAGGCCACAUUUAUUUUCCAAUCUUCAUGAAACUUGGUCAGAAGAUUUGUCCCAAUGAUAUCUUGGAUGAGUUCGAAAAUGGUUUUGGUUUCUUCAAAAACAUGGCCACCAGUGGGCAGAGCAUUUUUCCUUAUAAGACUAUAUAUGGCUUUAGUAAAACCUUGUUAACACUCUAGAGGCCACAUUUAUUGUCCAAUCUUCAUGAAAUAUGGUCAGAUGAUUUGUCUUAUUGAUAUCUUGGAUGAGAUCAAAAAUGGUUACGUUUGCUUGAAAAACAUGGCUGCCAAGGGGCGGGGCAUUUUUCCUUAUAUGGCUAUAUAUGGCUAUAGUAAAAUCUUGUUAACACUCUAGAGGCCACAUUUAUUGUCCAAUCUUCAUGAAACUCGGUCAGAAGAUUCAUUCCAAUAAUGGCUUGGACGAGUUAAAAAAUGUUGCUGGUUGGUUGAAAAACAUGGCCACCACGGGGGCAGGGCAUUUUUCCUUAUGUGGCUAUAGUAAAACCAUGUUAACACUCUAGAGGUCACAUUUAUUUUCCGAUCAUCAUGAAACUUGGUCAGAAGAUUUGCCAUAAUGAUAUCUUGGAUGAGUUCGAAAAUGGUUUUGGUUGCUUAAAAAACAUGGCCACCAGGGGCGGGGAAUUUUUCCUUAUAUGGCUAUUGUAAAACCUUGUAAACACUCUAGAGGCCCCAUAUAUUGUCCAAUCUUCAUGAAAUUUGGUCAGAAGAUUGGUCUCAAUGAUAUCUUGGAUGGGUUCGAAAAUGAUGCCGGUUGGUUGAAAAACAUGGCUGCCAGGGGGCGGGGCAUUUUUCCUUAUAUGGCUAUAGUAAAACAUUGUUAACACUCUAGAGGCCACAUUUAUUUUCCGAUCUUCAUGAAACUUGGUCAGAAGAUUUGUCCCAAUAAUAUCUUGUUAUCUCAGGUGAGCAACUUUGGGCCUUUCAGGCCCUCUUGUUUAAUAUUUGGCCUUUGUAAUGAAAGCAGUUUCUACUCAAAUAUAACUUUACAGAGAAAACGAUUAACAACAGUAAUAAUGCAUUUUUCAUAUUUUUAUUUGACCAGAGGCAGCUAACUAGGGGGGGAAUGUGUUAAGAAAUAAAUACAAAUGUAAAUCAUCAAAUUUUUCACAUGAACAGCAUGUGACUGGGCUGGGUUUUGAAUGAAUGAUUCCCAUGUUAACAAUCUAGCGCUCUCCCUAGCCUACUGAGCUAGCUAGGCCAGACCCAAAACAUGGUAGCUGAAUCUUUUAAGUGCCUGUUGUGUUUAAAAAAAAAUAUUUUAGUUGAAUACAUUUAUUUUGUUCUGUGAUAAAAUCAAUGUCAACUUUUGAAGGGUAACUGUUAACCAAAGAUCGUUAAAUCACAUGAUUAUUUGUGUAAUUGUUUUCACUUAGGAAAGGAACCUUAUUUUAAGUUAAACAAAUUGAACGAAUAAACCCAUUAGUAGCAGGGAAUAGUAAAAUGUUAAGAUGAUAUUUUCUUGCUAAACUGUUUAGAAGGUAGCUAUCUGACUUUAUUUGAAAUUGAAUCUGUUAUGAAACAUUUAAUGAGAACACUAUGCUUAUGUCGCUUUUGCAUAAUGCUGUAGAAAUUGUUUUGAACUUGAAUAGUUUACCAGCAUGAUUUAUAUUAAAUUUAUCAGUUAUAUGUUUUAAAUUAUGAAAAGAAGUGCUUUUACUAGUAUGUUAUAAAAAAACAAUACAUGUAUACAUGUAAUUGGCUUGAAAAUUCCUGUAUGUUUAUUUAGUUUUUGAAUGUCUUAUUAUGACUGGGAAUGCCAGUAGCUGAAGUAUUGUAAAUAUUUAAGUUGUUACAGAAUGUGCUUGAUAUUUAGAUAUGUUAUAAAACAUAAACACAUGCCUGUAACAUGCUUCUAUCUAAUAUCUAUUAGUGCAUAUGUUACAGUAUUUUGAGAAUAAUACUGUUGUUAUCCUAGUUUGUUAUGAUGAUUGAUUAAGUACCAUAGUGUCGAAUACAACAUGCUCAUAAAGCUAUUUGUUUGUUUGAGUUUCAACAAGUUGUACAGAAUUUCGUGAAUUUGAUCUUGCUCUACUUUGGGCAGUGAAACUGGUUCCAUAACUGUAGGCAGUUAACCUGGUAAUAUGACUUGAGGCAGUUAAUCUGGUUAUGUGACUUUGGGCAGUUACUUUUUCGGCGUAAGCUGCAUAAGCCAGCUUUUCACCUUAGCCUGACCUUUGUAAGUGUCCAAUAAAAUUCCAAUAAAAUUUCCCGCGGCUAGGUACGAAUGAAUACACUUCAUUUAUUCCAUUGGCUGAUUUGAGUAUACCACCAGAACAUUGGAAACAUAUCCGCGUCUUUGUAACACUGUUUUACUGUAUGAAACAAUUUUAUCUCGAAUGAAAAGGCUUAAUAGAUAGAACAGUUUUACACUCAAUUCUCGACAUCAAUACAGUUUGUGCGUACACCUUUUAUUUUCAGAGUAUUACCAGCGCAAGAGCGUUUAUACUUAAAAGGCUAUGUUCUCAUAUUUAGUACUUACUUCCUUAUUCCUGUCAACAUGUUAACAUGUAAAAGUAUAAAGAGCAAUGGAAGCGAGGCCUCACUUUAAAGCAUUGCAUUUCAACCCGCGAGGUAUAUCGGGUCAAUUCGCGGACAUUCAGAGUUUAUAUACAGGUCAUCACCGGAGUUGGCGGCCAGUAAAAUAAUCGUUAUAUAAUAAAGACGCUAUCCGUGAACUAGGUGACCUGGAAUUUUCUUUAGACCAGAAAUAUGUUAAAUGAAGAUAUUCAGCAAUAUAAUUAUGGUAUGUAAAUAAUAGAUUCUUAAUGUGUUUUCAACAAUACAAUGAUAAAUAUUAUUGUUGAUAAAUUUAACAAUAAUUAUUCGUCCAUAUUGCCUAAUGUACUAAAGUGAUAUUAUGAGCAUGUAACAGUUUAUAGGUGUCUUUCGCAACCGUUGAUUAUUUUUGAUGUUUCUACUUCAUAUACACUUAUAUUAAUUAAUGCAGCAUCAUCAUACUAAAACAAUAUACCAGAAAGAGAAAAAUAAUGCAUUUGAAUAUCAACCGUACUUUCGUUUGACAACUGAUCAUGCGUUUACGAGUUGAACCUAAAUUUAGUUUUAGUGCAGAUUUGUUCAUACGACACAAAGACACGAAAUUGUUUUACGGAUCAUUUCAGCUUACAGGACUGGGUGGGUCAAGUAAGAAUAUCGAAUAUAAAAUAUAUUUUUGUAAACAACUGGUAGCAAGGUGAGUUACAGAUAAUUAAUCAGUAACCACAUUUUAACUAACUAUUUUGACCAGUUAAUUCUUUUCAGCUCAAUUCAACAGUGCAAAAUGCCCAUAAUAUCACUUUAAGCAUUAGCACGAUGAUAAUUGAUACUGUUAAUAAUCGAAUCAAAUAGCAAUGCCCGACAAACCACUAGAACAGGUUUGUUCGAAGAACGCGCCUAUAAAUACGGAUACUUCUCGUGUGGCCGGUUGACUCAUAUGUUUAAAUUUCACUUCCAUUCUUCUUUUGGUUUUCUGUUUUGUAUCUAUAGGUUUAUGACCAGCAAUAUGUUAUAAUGUAAAAUAAGCCGCGAAAACUCCCCGUAACAUCCCGUACUGCGUGUGAUGCAGCUAAGAACUGCACAGAAAAAGACAUUCGCUAUAUUUGAUCUCAUUCAUUAAACUAUUUACGCCGUAUAUCUUUUUUAAAGAUAUUUCUUGUUUGUUAUAUGAAUGUGGGCAAUUUAUCUUGUUUUAUGACUUUGGGCAGUUAGGCUGGAUAUAUGACUUUGGUCAGUAAACCCGGUUGUAAGAUUUUUGGCAAUUAAACUGGUUCUAUGACCGUGGGCCAUUAACCUGGUUCUAUGACUGUGGGCCAUUAACCUAUUCUAUGACUGGGCAGUUAACCUGGUUUUAUUACUGUGGGCAGUUGACCUGGUUCUAUGACUGUGGGCAGUUAACCUGGUUCUAUGACUGGGCAGUUGACCUGAUUCUAUGACUGUGGGCAGUUAACCUGGUUCUAUGACUGGGCAGUUAUUCUGGUUCUAUGACUGUGGGCAGUUGACCUGGUUCUAUGACUGUGGGCAGUUAACCUGGUUCUAUGACUGCGGGCAGUUGACCUGGUUCUAUAACUGUGGAUAGUUUAUCUCGUUCUAUAAUGUCAUGCAAUUAACAUGUUUCUCUAACUGUGGGUAUGCAGCUGAUAAGAUUGGCAGAAACUAUACUCAAUAUAUCCAGAAAAGUGAACCAUUUGUAAUCAAUUCUAGGUAUUGAUAUCAACUGAACUCAUACCUGGAUCAAUUUUAUUAUGAUUUUUGCUUAUUUAAUAUUAUUAAGUCUAUUUAUGAGCUAAUCUGAGCACAAAGUGCCCAUUAUGAGCUAUUAAGAUACCAUGAUGUCCUACAUAAUGGUGAGAUAUUGUGAAACAGUCAGUGAUUGCGUAGUCCGUGAACUCUUUCUUCAAAUGACAUCUUAAUAAUUGGGUAGAAUUUUACUAAUCUUCACAAGAAUGCUCCUUGUGUGGUACUCAAUUAAAAUUUUACAAAUUGUUCAAGUCUUUUGAGCUGAUCAUAGGCCCAAAAAACGAGUUUUAAAAAUGAAAACUUCAGAAAUCACUAUUUAAACUGCGAGGUCCAGUGGUCUUAAUUUGUUUUAGAGCAUCAUAUUGUUGUCCUCUACCAAAUUAAAUUAUGCUUCUGGGGUCAAAACUGGCUGACCUCAGGGGUCACCAGUUUUACAUAUACUUUUAUAAGAAAUAUUUAAAUGAUACCGUGUGAAACAACACAUUCCAUGGCUUUCAUAUUUGGUAUGUAGCAUCGUCUACAGGUGCUGUACAAAUUUGUUCAAAUAAUGUCCCUGGGGUCAAAACUGACUCGGAAAUGGGGGGUCACCAGUUUAACAUUGACUUAUAUAGGGGAAAUCUUUAUAAAUCUUCUUGUAUGAAACCACAAAGCCCAUGAAUCUCAUACUUGGCAUUAUGUGGUAUCAUAUUAAAAACCUUUACAGAGUUUGAUCAAGUUAUACCCCCGGAGUCAAAACUCGCUCCGUCCUAAGUGCAGGUCACCAGAUUAACAUAGGCUUAUAUUGGAUACCUUUAAAAAUCUCCGUGUCUGAAAAAGGAAAGCAAAUGAAUGUAAAGCAAAAAAUAAAUUAACAUUUAUUAAACAACAAGGCCCUCAAAUUUCAUAGUAUGUAAAAUCAGAUUAGUCUUACAAAGUUUAUUACUUUCUUGCCUCAGGGGUCAAAAUGGCCAUGUCCCAGUAACAUGAUCAAUAUAGACUUAUAUUGCAAAAUAACUUUUUUAAAUCUCUAAAUGACAAGGUCCAGAGGUGUAAAUAGUGGUAGGUAACAUAGUAUAAUUGUCCUCUACUAAUUGUGUUCAAUGUAUUGCUCUAUUGUCAAAAGUAGCCCCAAACUAGGGUUAUACAGUAUUAUAACGCUGAUCAACAAUUUCUCAGAAGAGUGUUCACAGGGAUCUUCGUGGCCCAUCUUGUUUUACUCAUAAUAGAGCUAUGUCUGUUUGUAGAGGAUCAUUAGUUUUUAUGCCUGUUUGUUUAGGUUUGAUAUGUUUUCAUUUUGAACAUGAAUCUCAAGAAUCUAUGGAUUUAAGUUCAAACUGAAUAAUGUUAUCACAAUAUUUGUGAUGUAUAUGCAUGCUAGCCAUAGACAGAUGAAGCACCAUACAUUGACAUUAUGUGUUGUCAGUGUCAAAUAGAAAAUUAUUAUAUUAAUAUAUGCUUAUUUUUGAUAUUCUUUUAUGGGCCUUCCUAUGUUCUUGAUUUUCCACUAUGAUGAGAACAAUAAAUGGGCACAGAAGUGUAUGGGGAGAA